AUUACUUCUGUCAGAGCAUAGCAGACGGGAGAGGGAGAGAUUGCUUUUCUACCCUGAUCGUGGCUGGGGAGAUGGGUUCUGGCCUCUUGGAUUUCCUACAGAAAGUAUGGGUUCAACCUGGUAGCAUAAUCAGUGCUGUCAUUAGGAUUAACAUGGUGUCUCUGGACCAACUGGGCAUUAUAACUGAUUUAUAAAACUAUUUCUGUGGGGAAAUGGCAUUCCAAAUGUCCAUAGCCAACUUGCAAAUGAACUUUCUGGAGCAGACCCUGUUCAUAAACGAGGAAUGGGUCUUUUCUGCUAUGUUGCCCAUUUCCCUGAAGCAGGAGCCUUUGGCAUGUUCCUUUUCUGCUUCUGGUUAGUUCUAGCAACUUGUCAAUGAAGUUGCCCUCAUUUAUUCUGACAUGGUUACUAUCUCAAGGCAUCCAUGCUCUUUUGACAUCUAAAAGUUGUAUAAUAUAGUGUUGGGAAAUAGUUUAUGUAUCUGAAGAACUGACAGUGAAAUCACAGGGCCAUGGAAGAAUCCCAAAGAGACUCUUCAUACUCUUCCUACAGAAGGGACUUGUGACUUUUCAGUUAAUAGAAUACAUUCUUUCCUAGCUUGCUAAGCUAAUACCACCAGGUUAUCCAUUUAGCAUUCUCUGCUGAGCAUUGACGUUGGUAGAUACCAUUGAGAAUUUAGAAUGCAGAGAAUGAGCCGCUUGUUCACUGGACAGAAUGCUGUCUGGUUUAUAUAAUUCCUUAAAUUCUCAGAGUUUAACGAGUUUGUUAUACUGAAUAAAUACAUGGUAUCUGGGCUCUGAAAUGAGCUGCCCCCAUUGUCUCUGUGAAGGUCUCUGAAUGAUGUGAAGAUGAAGCCCACUGUGAAUGGUAGGGGUCAAUCCCACCAGCAUUGACUCAGUCAUAAUUGGGAAGGACCAAGAGGUGAAGCUGCAGCCUGGCCAGGUUCUCCACAUGGUGAAUGAACUUUAUCCAUAUAUUGUAGAAUUUGAGGAAGAGGCAAAGAGCCCUGGCCUGAAAACACACAGGAAGAGAAAGAGGUCAGGUGACAGUGAUUCUACAGAAAAGGCUGUUGCUCAGGAAGCUGAGUUAGAGACAGGACUGGAACCUGUGAACAACAAUAGCCAAUGCUCUGUUUCCCUUUUGCCUGCAAAGAAGGGGGAAGAUGCAGCUACCAAAAAGGAAUCUUUAGGUCACUGGAGUCAAGGUUUGAAGGUUUCUAUGCAGGAUCCCAAAAUGCAGGUUUACAAAGAUGACCAGGUUGUGGUGAUUAAGGAUAAAUACCCCAAGGCCCGUCACCACUGGCUGGUCCUACCAUGGACCUCCAUAUCCAGUCUGAAGGAUGUGACCCAGGAACACCUUGAACUCCUCAAGCACAUGCACACUGUGGGGGAAAAGGUGAUUGUAGAUUUUGCUGGCUCCAGCAAACUCCGCUUCCGAUUGGGCUACCACGCCAUCCCCAGCAUGAGCCAUGUACACCUUCAUGUGAUCAGCCAGGAUUUUGAUUCUCCUUGCCUUAAAAACAAAAAACAUUGGAAUUCUUUCAACACAGAAUACUUCCUAGAAUCACAAGCUGUGAUUGAGAUGGUAAAAGAGUCCGGCAGAGUGACUAUCCAAGAUCGGACACCUGAGCUCUUGAAGCUGCCCCUUCGUUGUCAUGAGUGCCAGCAGCUCCUGUCUUCCAUUCCUCAACUGAAAGAGCAUCUCAGGAAGCACUGGCCAAAGUAAUUCUGCGGAGCCCUGAACUUCUGCAGCAAGUGUGGCUGAUUAUUUGGAACGAAUUCCUGGCACGUGUUUGGAUUGCUUAUGAACUUUUACUUAUUUCUUGAAUUAAAACAUGUUCCGGUUUGCUAAUGCUGCCAUUAUG